UCCAGGGCGUUAGGAAUGGCUCCUAAAAGAGAACCCUCCAUUAAGAAGUCUCCUUCACCAGUCACCCAACCCAGGCUGGGUCCCCCUUACCCCUGCCUGCCUGCGGCUCCUGCGGCACCAAAACCGGCUCCAGAGCAGAAGCCAAGGAUGCUGCGUCCCUCGGAUUCACCGUUUGACCCCAGUACUUUGGAGAUUGAAUUUAACCUGGAUCAGAUUCAUGAGUUUAAGGAGGCAUUCCUGCUGUUCGACAAGACAGGAGAUGGGAAGAUCAGCUUCAGCCAGUGUGGGGACGUCAUGCGGGCCCUGGGACAGAACCCUGUCAACGCUGAGGUGCUCAAGGUCCUGGGCAACCCCAAGGCUGAGGAGAUGAACUCCAAGAUGCUAGACUUUGAGCAGUUCCUGCCCAUGUUCCAGGCCAUCGCUAAGAAUAAAGAUCAGGGCUCCAUGGAGGAUUUUGUGGAGGGACUGCGUGUCUUUGACAAGGAGGGCAACGGCACAGUAAUGGGAGCAGAGCUACGUCACGUCCUCACCACACUAGGUGAGAAAAUGACAGAGGAGGAAGUGGAGACGCUCUUGGCGGGACAUGAAGAUGCAAACGGCUGCAUUAAUUAUGAAGCAUUUGUUCGCCACAUCAUGUCAGGCUGAGGGCCGGUACGGGCACUGGAACUGGUCAGGAUGGUGAUGAGCGGGUGAAGACGGAGAGAAUCCCUUUAUUUUUUUUUUUUUGUUUUGCCCUGUCAUGUGUACCCUCUUUUUGCAGUUAGCUUCUACAGCCCCCCCUCCAAGUCAUUCCCAUGGAUUAGUUUUCCACAUUUAAUUUAAGAAGUGCCUUUACAUUCCCUACUAAAGACCACAAUUGAUCAUGGCUAUUGCUGCCAAUUCUGUUGCUACAUUUGAAUAAAUGUUUUCCUUAAAACUCA